AUGAGCCCAGCCUGCACAGAGCAGGAAGAACAAUCAGCAGAAGACGGGCCGUGCAGCCUCAGACCUCCAGGACAGGACAUGGAUGAAGAGGCCACCUGCUCCAUCUGCCUGGAGCUCUUGACAGAGCCGGUGACCAUAGGGUGUGCGCACAACUUCUGCCGAGCCUGCAUCACCAAAUACUGUGAGGACGCUGUCCGUGGCUCAGGAAACGCCGUCCCCUGUCCCAGCUGCAGAGCACAGUUCCAGAUCGGGAGCUUCCGGCUCAACACGCAGCUCAAAAACCUGGUGGAGAAGAUUAAAGAGCAGAGUCUGAAACCAGGAAAGGAGCAGAUGGCCACUCAAUGCUUGGAGCACGAGGAGAAACUCAAGCUCUUCUGUGAGGAGGAUGGGGAAGCCAUCUGUGUGAUCUGCAGGGAGUCCCAGGCUCACCGGGGUCACACAGUGCUCCCCAUCCAGGAGGCUGCCAACGAUUACCAGCAACACCUCACCCCCCCAGUGCUCUGCCAGCUGCAGAUCCCCACCAGGUCCCAGCCACCUCCUACCCCGAGGUUCCUGCCUCUCCUGCAGAUCCUCAGCUACGUGGCUGCUUCGGGCCCGCUCUGUUAUAUCUCCGACCUGCAGCAGCCCCACCUGCAGAGCUAG